GAGCGAACGACGGGCUCCGAGGCCGGGGGAGGGGGCAGAUAUGGGGUACACGGGUGGGCGAGUCCCAGCCUUCGGGGCGAGUCUGCUGACUUCCCUCCGCUCCGCCAAAGCUCCAACCCCUCCCGGCCCUCCGCUGCCCCGGCUGCCGGCAACCUCUCUGCUUUCCUUCAGCCGCCGCGCAGCCACCCAACCGGCCCCCGAAGCCCGCCAGCCUCCCCGCCAGCCUGAACCCCGCGCCUUCCGCUGCUGCCCUGUUACCAGGGCUUCCCACCGCCGCGAGGCCCGGGGGCGCCUCCUCGCCCCGACGCUAACCGUCCCCCCCAAGUCCCCAGUCCCCCUUACCUCGGCCGCGAGGCAGCCAGGCGUCUUCCUCUGCUCCUCCGGCUCCCAGCUUGGCGGUCCCAGGACGUUGCUGCCAAUCACCCAAUCUCCUCCCCAAGCCACGGCCGGACUGACCAAUCAGCGGCUUUCUCCGGCCCGGAGGCGGGCCCCGGGCUCACAGCGGAAGGCUCGGGUGCCGCCCCACGCGCCGGCGGCCGCCGCUCGUAGCCAUUGCAGCAUCUGAGAGGGCCACCAAUGGUCGCUUCCUUCUGGUAUUCACAAGAUCCCAUGUCCAGCAGCCUGUGAGAAACUGAAUCCUGCUCACAGCCAUGUGAGUGAAUUUGGACAAAGAUCCUCCCCCACGUGUGCCUUCAGAUGACUGCAGCCCAACUGACACCUUGAUUGCAGCCUUGUGGAAGACCCUGAGCCAGAGAUAUCCAGCUAAGCUGCACGUGGAUUCCUCAUACACAGGAGAUUUGAGAUAAUAAAUGACUGUUGUGGCAAGCUGCUACCUUUUUUUAGUAAUUUUUUAGGAAACAAUGGACAGCUGAUAUGAUUUCCGUCUCUGACACAAGAUCCAUGGUUCUUAAAUAUACUUUGAAGCUUGUUGGAAAAUACAUAAGCCCAGCAGCCCUGCCUGGUGUGGCCCAGUUGGUUGUUGGUUUGAUUCCCGAUUGGGGCACAUGCCCGGGUUGCAGGCUCAGUCCCCGGUGAACGGUGUGCAGGAGGCAGCUGAUGGAUGCUUCGCUCUCACAUGGAUAUUUCUCUCUCUCCAUCUCCCUCUCACUCUAAAAAUCAAUAAAAAUGUUUGAAAAAAUACAUAAAUCCAGGCCUCUUCCUAGAAUCUAAGGUGAUUGUUAUGCAUAGCUAACUUUUGGAAACAAAUAUAGAAGAUUAAAAGCAACCCAUUUGCAGAUUUUAGGAAAAAAAUAGACUUUAUUGUGCUUUUUAGUGUAUCUGAUCCUGGAGUUCUUUACCCAAAUAAAUGGCUCAGCUUUCUUGGCAGAACCCAGAAUGACUGUAACUUCGUCUGCUAGCUGGAGUAUUUACUGACUAGAGGAAAAGAAUCAGAGCUUUCAUUCACUUUGUGGCCUUGAAAAAGUCCCUUGACCUUUCUAUGCUUCCAGAUUGCUAACUGGAAAUUAAAGGAUUGUAAUGCCAUUAUUUAAGCAAGAGAUUUAUCCAUUAUUAAGUGUAUAUUAGGCUAGUAUAUUAGGUGAUCAAGGCCCAUUGUGGGCCAGCUUCCUUGUAGAGAUUUAACAAAAGGUCAGGUUCCCAUUUGUUCAUGUUGGUAGACAGUGACGCUUAAUUCUAUUGUAGAAAUUCUGUUUCCAAGUCAGACCCAUGUUCAGUUAUGCCUCUGCCACAUACCAGCUGUGUGGCCUUGGGCAAACCAAUCAGUCUUCCUUGGUCUCAAUUUUCUGAUGUGCUCAGUGGGGAAAAUAGCCACCUCAAAGGUGGCCCUGAGGACUGAUGUACAGUACUAAAGGCAAUGCCUGAUUUAGCACAGGAGUCCUAUAAAUAAUAGCUGUGAAGGACAUACAAUCAGCUCACGUCACUGUGAUCCAGUGGUAAAGUAGAGGACAGACAAAUGCCCACCUGUGUCCAUCAGCCUGCUUCUCAUAUUAGGAUUAAUGACAAUCCCAUUUGGUGAGGUAGGUAAUAAUCUGCGAAUCGUACAGUGUCUUCCUUAGAAAUCCAGACCCUUUCUCCCUAGUUCUGCUUUUUCUCCAGCUCUGAUUGCCUGUCUGUAGAAAAGAUAACACACUGGAAUGGGCCUCAAAUGGUCCUGAGUUAAAAUUCAGGAAAACCUAGCUAGUAAAAGACCAUUGGGGAGAGCAGUGAAGUGCCUGUGUGAGGGAUGCUUUAAGACAAGGUGGGGCUGGAUGUGUCUGGGAGAGAAUUUCAGCUACAGGACUAAUUGAUGGGCCAAUAUCAUCUCACAUGAGGUGAAAGUUCAUACAUGCAGCUAAAUGCCUAAUAGUUCAGAUCCAUUGACUUCAAGCUCUGAUCACUAUUAAAGGCAGAUAUUGGAGAGAGAGAGAGAUUGAGAGAGAGAGAGAGAGAGAGAGAGAGAAAAAACUUUUAAAUCCACUUAAGUCAUGUAAAUCUCAGUGCAAAUGAAUGUGUUUACCAUGGUGCCCAGCGAAACAUUGUUGAGCUACUUGACUUACUCAUGCAGUGUUGAGUAUGCCUGGUUGUUCUAAGCCUUGAAACUAUUUUUUUUUUCUUCUCAGCUCAAUGUACAAAGUGAUCUGAUGUAUAUCCAAAAAUAUGUAUAUCCAAAUAGGUGAAAAGAUCACUGCCUUCCAGAGACUGUGACAUUUCUUUCUAUAAACCAGUUCUUGGGAUAUACCCUGACCUGCAGAACUCUUUCGUUUUAAUGUUUUUAAAUUAGGUUUUAUUUUUUGAAAUUAUAAUUACGCAAAAUGUCAAACAUACACAAAAGUAAAAAGCCUAUGCAGCCGAAACCGGUUUGGCUCA